AUGGGCCUGGAUGCUUGUAUCUAUCCCCCUCGCAUUGAAGACAUCCUACAAAAACACACCCCGAUCCCAGCUCCAUGCCCCAUCUCCAGCCCCAUCUCCAGCCCCAGCUCCAGCACCAUCUCGAGCCCCAGCCCUCCAGCACCAUUUCCAGGCCCCAAUUCUCCAGCGCCCAGCUCCAGACCCAUCUCCAGCCCCCCAGCUUCUCAGCCCUAUCUCCAGCCCCAGCUCCAGCCCCAUCUCCAGCCCCCAGCUCCAUCCAUCUCCAGCGCCCUAUCUUCCGAGCGCCCAGCUCCCCAUCCCAUCUCCAGCCCCAUCUCCAGCCCCAGGCUCCGAGCACCCAUUCUCCAGCCCCCAGCUGCCAGUUACCAUGUUCCAGCGCCCAUCUCCCAGCAACCAGCUCCCAGGACCCAUCUCCAGCCCCAGCUCCAGCCGCUUUCUCCAAGGCCCCAAGCUCCAGCCACCAUCUCCAGCCCAGCCUCAGACCCCAUCUCCAGCCCCAGCCAUCCAUCCUCCAGCUUCCAGCUCCAUCCCUCAUCCUCCAGCCCCAUCUCCAGCCCCAUCCUCCAACCAUCUCCCCAGAACCAGCUCCAGACCCAGCUCCAGCCCCAGCUCCAGAUCCCAUCUCUUAGGCUCAAUGACAUGGAAGUAGCAGAGAAAUGCCAGACUUUGAAGUAUCACAGCUUUGGAAGGCUGGUGGUGUGGUGA